GGGGGCGGCCCCCUCCCCCAGCCCCGGCAGGAGGAGGGGUCCCCAGGGAGGCCAGGAGGGGGGGCUAUGGGUCUCCCGGCAGGGGCGGAUGGGGACUGAAUGUUAAUCGCAUCCCGAGUGAGUGUGUGUGUGCGAGAACAGAGCGAGUGUGCGAGUCCCUCCCGCUCCAGGUCCUCCAAGCAGCGGCUGCUGCCGCCACCCUCCACCCGCAGCCGCCCUCGGCCACCAGUGCCCAGCUGGGGGGUGUCGGCCUGGGUGGGUCCGCCCGGCCCCCAGGGGUCUCUCGUGCGUCUGCCAUCUGCCCGUGCAACAUGUGUAGCAGCAACCUCGCCUAGUUGGGGUGGCCGCAACCUUGGGGGACAGACAGGGCAGGACGGGACCGAAGACGAGGAGGGAGAGCCGGAGCCGGGGACAGGCAGGAGGUCCCCAUCGCCGCUGCAGCCGCCGCCGCCCCAGGGCUUUGCCCCCCAGCGGUUCCCUGAGCCCUCCGCCGAAUCUUCGGGUCGCUGGACUCUGGGUUCCGGUCCUGCCCCCCCGCAGUACCCCCCACAGAACAGGGUCAUGAAAAGAGGCCGCCCGGAGGGGCCCGCAGGCGAUGCGCGGCGCCGGUGGCCCCCGCGGCCCUCGGGGCCCCGCUAA